AAAGAAAUAAUGAAUCGGUGAAGGUGAGUAAAGAGGAGGAGGAAUAUGUGCUGAUGGAUCUCGACGAUGUUUCGAGGCACAUUGACAUCCCACCAGACGCUCCUUAUACUCUAUCAGGUUUGGAUACUUUGAAUCCCAUAUUGACCAUUGAUGGGAAAAUCAAGCUGGUUGGAGAAUACUUGGAGACAAUUGGUACAUGUCUUGCUUUCUCUGAUAAGGAAGUUGCAGCAGCUGAAUAUCAGACACCACGCAAGACUGUCGAGCCUGUUGCCAAGAUCCACAAGAUUCUAAGUUUAGGCUAGCAUUAGAUAAUGACGAUGGAGAAACAAGACCAACCACCUUGUAAACAAGGUCUUUCUAGUUUAAAUAGCGUUAUGUUAAGUGAAAGAGAGUGUUUUAAGUUUUCUGUUGACUUAUUGAAUCAUAAUUAACAAAACAAUAGUGACAUACUGACAUGUGUUGUUCUUUUCUUAAGAAUCCAUCUGUAACUUUC